UUGUGCCUUAUGCGGUGUCGUUUCCAGAUGAUGAGCACUUCCCUUCCCGCGCAGACGAACGGUCAUUGACAUUGAUUUCCGGAAACGCCCCCAAAGAAAUGAAGAUAUUCCCAACGCCGCCCAAACGAAAUUCGUCAGACUCGUUGCUUCAAUUCCGUUUCUAACCGCCAAAACGAACCAUGCUUUCCCGUCCUCCCUGACUCGGACUCCCCCACCCAGAAUCGCGCCCCUUUAUAUACCUCUCUCUCUCUCUAACUUCUGUACGGACACACACUCUUUCUCUCUCUACCUCAAGAUUUUACAGCUCUGUAUCGAUUUUUUCCUCUUUCUCGUAGGAAAUGGGGAAAACGCUCAAUGAUCUCCUCACCGAAACAAAAGAAGCGGAGGCUCCUCCGCCUCCGGUGCCGGCGACGGUCGAGAAAUCUUCCGAUGAUGUCAUCUCGCCGGAAAGGAUUUCAUGCUCUCCGAACGAUGAAGAAGAGCCUGAGACAAAGCCGUCGGAGAAAGAUUCCAAUUCUUUAACCAAUGAAGGCUCGACAUCGAGUCUGAAAUCGACAGAAGCUUUGGAUUACGAUCAGAUUCACCAAAUGAUUGCGAAUUGGAAUGCUGAGUCAAAAAAGUCGGCAGAAGAAAGUGCAAUAACCUCUGAUUCGAGUCCGACGGAGAAGUCAAGCUCGGAGACGUUUACGGAAUCUUUGGAUGCUGGCGAGAUGCCAAAACGGAAGGAAGAGUGCGAGAGACCGCCAGCGAAGAAGACAACGAACUUCCAGCGAAAUGAUGACGUUCCAGUGAGUGUGAGCGCGGCGAAGCCAGGGGUACUGUUGCCGUCUCCAAGUGUGGGAGCGAGCCUUAUUGAGAACUUGGAUCCUUGGAAGGAAGGUUCGCCAAAGACGAAAUCGGCAGGGAGUCCAGGGAUGGUGGAGGAGGCUUGGGAGAGACUCAAGAAGUCGUACGUCUACUUCAAAGGCAAGCCAGUGGGCACUCUUGCAGCUAUGGAUCCAACGGCUGAGACUUUGAAUUACAAUCAGGUGUUUGUGAGAGAUUUUGUUCCUAGUGGUUUGGCCUGCCUGAUGAAAAAAGAACCAGAUCAACGAGAUGUUGUAAAGAAUUUUCUCCUCAAGACCCUCCACCUCCAAAGCUGGGAAAAAAGGAUUGAUAAUUUUACGCUUGGAGAAGGCGUUCUGCCAGCAAGUUUUAAGGUUCUCUUUGAUCAACAUCGUAAGAAUGAAACUUUAGUUGCAGAUUUUGGUGGCAGCGCAAUUGGAAGAGUUGCGCCUAUUGAUUCUGGGUUCUGGUGGAUCAUUUUGCUGAGAUCAUACACCAAAUGCACUCGUGAUCACUCACUGGCAGAGCUUCCUGAGGUGCAGACGGGAAUAAAGUUAAUUCUCAAUCUUUGCCUGUCAGAUGGGUUUGACACAUUCCCGACACUUCUCUGUGCAGAUGGCUGUAGUAUGAUCGACAGGAGGAUGGGGAUGUAUGGUUAUCCAAUUGAGAUUCAAGCACUCUUCUACUUUGCAUUGAGGUGUGCGCGGCAGCUGUUGAAUCCAGAACGUGGUGGCAAGGAGUUCCUUGAGCGGAUAGAUAAGCGCAUCUCAGCUCUCAGCUUUCACAUCCAGACGUAUUACUGGCUUGAUUUUACACAGCUAAACAAUGUGUACCGCUACAAAACUGAGGAGUAUUCCCAUACUGCCGUCAAUAAGUUUAAUGUCAUUCCAGAGUCUAUCCCUGACUGGGUUUUUGAUUUUAUGCCCUUGCGAGGAGGAUAUCUGAUCGGCAAUGUUAGCCCAGCUAGGAUGGACUUCAGGUGGUUUUUAGUUGGGAAUUGUAUUGCCAUCCUCAGCUCUCUGGUAACACCUGUGCAAGCUACAGCGAUUAUGGACUUGAUUGAGGAGCGAUGGGAGGACUUGAUUGGGGAGAUGCCUCUGAAAAUUAUUUACCCUGCAUUGGAGGGACAUGAGUGGAGAAUUGUCACGGGAUUUGAUCCGAAAAAUACACGAUGGAGUUACCACAAUGGUGGUUCUUGGCCAACGCUGCUGUGGCUGCUUACCGCAGCUUGCAUCAAGACCGGGAGGCCUCAGAUGGCGAAGAAAGCAAUAGAGCUGGUGGAGCAGCGACUCUCGAAAGACGGGUGGCCCGAGUACUAUGACGGCAAGACAGGGAGGUACAUUGGGAAGCAAGCAAGAAAGUACCAGACUUGGAGCAUCUCCGGAUACCUGGUUGCUAAGUUGAUGAUCGAGAAUCCGGCCAAUCUUGCACUCAUCUCUCUUGAAGAGGACAAGAAGAUAGCCAAGCCAAGGCUUACCCGCUCUGCUUCUUUCUGAAUAAGAAGACCACAGUGAAGUGGCACAUGAUUACAUGGAGGUACAUAACGGGUGGUUAAACUGAUCGAGUUACCAUUCUACUUUUGAUUGAAUUGGACAUCAUGGAAGUGGUUUCUGAGAUUCUGUUGUGCCAUGAAUUGGCUAUGAACCUAUCAAAGUGGUUCAUCCAUUUUUUGGCUUCAUUUCUUUAUGGUUUCAUAGCCUUGCCCUUUUGAUUUGUGUUUUUAGUGAUCGGGAAUGUUGGGUUAAUCAUUUUAGUGGUCUUUGAAUUUGUACCCGUGUUUCACUUUAGUCGUUGAAUUUAGUUUUUAAAUAUCAUGA